GAAACAUUUUAAAAUUAAACAAAAAUGGCCCUGCGCACAGUUUACAGGUUGUGUAAACUACCAUUCCAAUACAGACAUUACAGUGAGCCACCCAAAGGCAUGGUGUACACCAAGCCAUUGGUUCGAAGAAAACUAAAGGAGGAUGUUAUCCCUCUAUCUCAGUAUGGUGGUAGAAAUAUUGUUACCAUGCUACCAGGUAGUGGUAUUGGACCUGAACUCAUGUCCCAUGUCCGUGAUAUAAUUUUUUGCUGUGGGGCACCCAUUGACUUUGAAAUCAUCGAUAUUGAUUCCUCCACUAUAGGCAACAAAGAUCUCGAAAAUGCCAUUGUUUCCAUCAAGCGUAAUGGUGUUGGCAUCAAGGGCAAUAUUGAAACCGAUUCUUUGGAUUUAAGUGAGAUUUCACGAAACGUUGCCAUACGCAACCAACUGGAUUUGUAUGUAAAUGUAUUGCAUUGCAAGUCGAUGACUGGCAUUCCGGCUCGUCACAACGACAUUGAUAUUGUUCUCAUUCGUCAAAAUACCUAUGGGGAAUAUGCCAUGUUGGAACAUGAAGUGGUUCCCGGUCUAGUGGAGAGUUUAAAAAUCAUGACUAGAGAUGAUGCUGAACGUGUGACUCGUUAUUCAUUUGAAUAUGCUCGCAAUAAUGGUCGCAAAAAAGUGACCACCAUUCACAAGGCAAACAUCAUGAAGUUGUCCGAUGGUUUAUUUUUGGAAACUGCUAAAAAAGUGCACAAAGACUAUCCAGAUAUUGAACAUGACAAUAUGAUUAUUGAUAAUGCCUGUAUGCAGUUGGUUGCAAAUCCCCAUCAGUUCGAUGUUCUGUGUUUGCCUAAUUUAUACGGCACCAUUGUGGCUAAUGUUAUAUGUGGUAUGAUUGGAGGAACUGGCCUACUGUCCGGUCGAAAUUAUGGUGAUAAUUAUGCCAUCUUCGAACCGGGGACUCGUAACACUGGUACCGCUAUAGCUGGCAAAAAUAUUGCCAAUCCCAUGGCCAUGAUAAAUGCCAGCAUUGAUAUGUUAAAUCAUUUGGACCAUAAAGAACAUGCACGCAUUAUAAAGGAGGCUUGCUAUGAAACCAUAGUAGAUCUGGGCAUACGGACAUCUGAUUUGGGUGGUACGAAUACCAGCAGUGAUGUUAUUACAAGUAUUUUAGAUAUUCUUGCAAAUAAAGAUCGGAAGCGGUAAACGUAAAUUUAUUUGUUACGAACAUAUUUUGGUGUAGUUCGGCUCAGCUUUGGCGAAUUCAUAAGAAUAUGGCAAAUAAAAAAAUAUGCAUAUAAAAAUUAUAAAUCAUGAUAUUAAUGAUUUUGUCAUAACAUUUACGAAAACAAUCUUUAAAUACAUGUCAAUGAAACUUUUCAUAACAUUUAUGAAAAUGUUUCAUAACAUUUAUGAGAA